AUGGCUUCCGGUUCCCGCGCCUCUGGGUUCCGCAACCACGCCACUGGGAUGAGUCGAUCACCUCCACUCACCCAAGCCACACAUCUGCCAAAAGAAAUCCCAGUUACCUUACUGGGCAUCUCAAAUCUUACUCCCCGGUCCAGCACCACACGCUGGGGCAACGAAAUUAUGCAUGUCCUACGACCCUUCAAGCUGGAAGGUCUCUUGGAUUCAAGCCUCCCUCGUCCACAACAACACCACGAAGAUUACAGAAAAUGGAAAUACUGGACCUCCAUCGUUUCUCGGUGGCUAUUCGACCAAGUGGAGACAUCAAUCCAACUGAAAGUCAGAGACUAUGCGCCUCAACUCACCUUUGCAGACGAGGUCUUCAAAUCAAUCCGAACAAUGAGUCUGCCGGAUCAUGCAUCGUAUCUUGCGAGCGAGUUGGAGAAAUGGGAGGAUCUGCGACGUGAUCAGUACCCCACAGCUGUCGACUUCAUUAUGGCUUAUCAGAAUCAGUUCAAUCGGCUGAAGAUGGAGGAUCAUGAGCCUACCUGUGCUGUUGCCCUCCGGCGUCUCCUCCAAGCGUUGUCCAGUGAGAUAAUCAGAGUUUCCUUUAUCCGCGACGAAGUGGACAACUUGGGGCGGGAUGUAGACUACCAGCUUUUUACCUACUACUGCCGAAUUUUGGUCACCGAAUCCCGCCGACAUGAUGACCGUGGUGCUGGCACUUCUUCACAUAACAGUUAUUCUGGAGGAGGAGGAGGAGGAGGUGGUGGUGGUGGUGGUGGUGAAAUUCGCAGAGGCAGUGGUGCCAGUGGGGGAUCGAGAAGUGGAAGAGAUGUUUCAUAUCGCAGCUGGAGGCAAAGUACCAGGGGACGGGGACAAUGA